UCAUGUCUGUCUUAAUCCAACGCUCUAAGAUGAUAAAUGCCGGAUUUUUAAUUUUGACAGGAAAUUAUACGGUCUGUGAGCUUCAAAACACAAACUAAUAUUAGCCACCUAGCCAUACUGUUAGGAAAUGCUAGAUUAUGUACUAGCUCAAUGCUAAAGUUAUCCUUCACUAAGUGUUGGUGGUUUAGUGGGUUACAGGAGUUACUAUGUGGACAUAAGAGGAGGUGAUCAUGGGAAUCAUUCAGACAGGACUAGAUUCACAAUGAUCAGAGUCUACUACAUCAUCGGGGUUGCACUCUUUGCGCUAGAAAUUCCACGAAUCCAGGCUCUACUAGAAAACCCAGAUGAUUGCUGUAAAAGAACACAGAAAAUGAAUGAAACCUGUGUAAACAGCACGCAUUGUGGGUGUGUCCACGUUCUGGAGAACAGCACUGUUCGGUGUGUGCAGUGUGACUCUUUGACUUCAGAUCUGGAGAACUUGACACUGUGCAACACCACUGUCGGCCACACCUCAAUAUCCACAAUAAUCAAGAUAGGUGGUCCAGGUGUAGCAGCCUCUGUCCUUUUAGGUACUCUGCUGAUCAGUCUCUUCCUCAUUCUCUCUGUCGCCUCAUUCUUCUACCUCAAACGCUCUAACCGUCUGCCCGGUGUCUUCUAUAGACGCAAAGCUUUCAUAUUUCAACCAAGUGAAACGGCUGUUAUGAUGCCUGCUGCAUCAUCCUCAGUGCGCAAACCGAGAUAUGUCCGGAGAGAACGGCCUUCAGCAGCUUCAGCAGUGGGCAGCAGUGCCACCAUGCCAGUGGGACACGUAACAAAGGUGUAUAACGUAACCAUCCAGUAGAGAUAAGCUUCAGAGAGGAAGAUGAAACACCAUUUGCCAGUAGUAAUGUUUACGUCUUUUUUUUGUAUUUUACUUUAGGGGGCUAUAGCGGUAUGUUUUGUUUUGUUUUUUUUUUGUUUUUUUUUAUGUACCCUUUUUGUACACAGAUUUCCUUGUUUCCUUGUUUCCUUGUUUGCACAGAAAAACACAUUUUUCCCCCAUUUCCUUUUCACUUUUCAUAAAAGACUGCAGUGCAUUAUGAGUAUAUUUUAUUUUUAAGAUCAUAUUUCUGGUUAUUUUCUUAAAAUGUGUAACUUAAAUAUUUAUUGCCAAUAUGUAUGUCAUACAUUUUGUCCUUGAGUCUAAAAGAGUUCUUUAAAAGGACACUAAUAUUUGCACAUUAGCUGUUUUCCCUAUUUCUGGACCAAAUAGCAACAUUCAUCUUUUUUGGAGUGUUUGACCACCUUCUUUUAGAAUAAACAGAGUAUAUGUA